GCUCUUUUGCCCCUCGACUUUUGAUAUCAAUCAACGAAACAAUUGUUAAGAUCAAGCACUCUUCAUUCCAAACUUUCGGGCCAUGCAUUGCCACUGGUAACGGCGGUUGGUUAUCUGCAAUGCUCUGAAUCCCUGUUAAGCCUUAACAAUUCACCCCGGACAGCCUGCGCGCCAAGAUGUCCGUUCUCCGUCAUGGAGGCUCCUACCUCCAGCGACGCCUUACCAAGAUGUACACAGAUACCAAGACCUCUUGCGAAAGUGUGACGACUGCUUCAAAGGCGGUUGAUGACCCAGAGCUCGUUGCUCUUCAUCGGAGUUUUGGAACACAGAGGGACAGGCUUCUGGCAUGGGGUCUCGAUUGGAGUGAUGCUAGCGCUGCACAACCGAAUGAUAUCGACGAGUCGCUAACACAAGCUGGCUUCAGCGAUGUUGUUGCCAGUGUCAUGUCAUCUAUUCAAGAGCUUCUCAAUGAAGCAGAGCGUCUCCAACACGCUGGUACUUCCGACCUACCCCCCAAAGGUGCCCGGUCAGACCCGCCCUCGAAAGAUGGUCUUAGAAGUCUGCCGGUCAAGACUCACUGGACCAACGAAGAUAUCAACCGUUCUAAACAUCUCCUCGCCGACUUGACUGCUUGCAUCGAUACCCUUUAUGACCUCUCCCGUUCACGACGCAACAUGACAUCUAGUGGGCAGUCGACUACCAAGAGUCGGUCACGGCAAUACCCUGGCUCUACAACGGAGGGUUCCAUCUAUAAGGUUUUUCCGGAUUCAAAGUCAUACCAUGGCACUUCGCUUGACACUAAACAUCCCAAACCACAUCAAGAUACACUCGAUUAUUCGCCUUUUUCCAAUCACGGCGCUGCAACCCUCGAAAAGCCACAGCUUGAUAAGUCAUUCAGCAAGAUAUCCCUCACCUCAAACCAAUAUGUCAUUGAUCGUUCGGCUUUACAGCUUUCUGGUGGAUCCCACGACAACAGCCCCCCACCCUACGAAAUGGUAGCCGCUUCCACCAAUUCUCGAGCCAUUGGCCGGAUGAAGACCUCGGCAUCUCCUUUCCUGCGAGGUACAAAGGACUCCACUGUGACCAUCUUGGUUGAAUAUACUCCUAUGAUGCUUGAAAACUCGGGGGCUUCUACCGCACCAGGGGUUCAACGGCUGGAACGCGUGCAUGACACCCUCGACCAGCUCAUCCAAAAUGCUAGGGUCUCCCAUCUGGGCUUGUUGAAGUUUCUCGGCUAUUAUGUUGACAUGCCAAACUCUCGAUAUGCCUUCAUCUACCAACUGCCGAUUGACUACUUUCCUUUCCUGCGCAACCCUACCGAUCUCUUAAACGGGCUCAAGCCCAAGCCUUUAGUGUCUCUCUUCCAGUCGGGUGAAGAGUAUCAACUACCUAACCUAGAAACCCGUUUCCGCUUGGCCUAUGAUCUCAUAAUGGCGGUUUUGCAACUGAGGAGCCAAAAUCUCGUGCACGGAAAUAUUAACAGCAGCAACGUCCUUAUAUUCCCUGGGUUGACAAAUUCAAACUCUGAUGAAGUUGGGCUCACGGAAAACCUGCGACGCCCUUACUUAACUUCUUUCGCUCAAUUCUCUGGGACCGGUUCAUCCCCUGAACCUCUUUCAUCCAGCAUGUAUCGCCAUCCUGAUGAUAAAAGGUCGUUAGGUGAUGAUGCCGCCUGGGCAUAUGAUCUUUACUCACUUGGGCUGGUAUUAAUGGAAAUCGGUCUAUGGACGCCCAUCAGCCGUUUGUGGAAGAUGAAAUACAACAAUUCUAUGUUCAAGCAACGGAUCGAAAAUGUUUAUCUGCAAAAGCUGGGUCCUAAAUGCGGUAGCGCAUACCUUCAUGUGGUACAGCUUUGUCUGGAUGCACCCAAUUUUCAUCUUUCAACCCAACCGUUCGAUGAUUUCAGUCUUAGGGUUCCCCAGACAUUCCACUACCCUGUGCUAGACCUUUCGGAGCCUGACAGUAUAUUCUCGUUCUCCAUGAACUUUAUUUACACUAUGUCUAAAAUUACUUGGUCCUGCUGCAGGAUCGACCUUUUUUCGGCACCGGGGGCUGAGGAGCUAGACGAUUGCCUCCCACUUGCCCUUGUCCCCGGCUCAGAUGCAUCUGCAAAAGAGCCAAUUAGGGACUAUAAUCCCAUUCCCGAGCCAUUUGUUCCAUAUACCGAACCGUUCGCCACGCUUCCCACUACCGAAAUGAAACUGUUGAGGGAAAAAAUGGGCUUGGAAGAAAGGAAAGCACGGAAGAGAACAUUUAAAAAGCUCACCAACGUCGAAAUACCUCAGGAGCAUCUCAACGAGUGGAAUUUUCAGAUGUUACCUCGGCUGAGAAAACUUCUGCAAAAAAUUCUAAAAGAUUCAUCAGAGUCAUGCGGUGUCACUCUUAUGAUGACAGGCGAGAAUCCUGAAAUUGCUAGGACGACAAUCUGUGUAACUUGUGCUAGCGCGAAAAAGGUCAGAGCUGCUUUGAAAAAGUACUUCAUUCUCGAUAGUGAUGAUUGGGAUUUAAUCGUUCUCCGAGGCGACAUCCAACGAUCAAAAGUCCCACGCAAGAAGCGUCGCAGGCCAGCGAAAUCUGGUCCAAUCGGAACCGAUAUACCUGCAUCUUCUCGUCCGGACCCAAACCCCUUAUAUCAGCCCCGGCCGCUCUGCGGUGCGUCCAUAGGCGCCUUCAUGAAUGAAGAACACUUGCCUCCUGUAACUUACGGGGGAGCUAUUCUAGUGGAUGGUAUGCCGUAUGGUAUGACCGUACAUCAUAUGCUGGAGUCACCCAGUGACCAGGAGGAUGAAGAGGAUGAAGACCCCGGUGCUCCUCUGCGGUCGUCAGCAGCCAACUGGCCUCCGGAUCCAACACCUCAAGAAGCAGAGUACAUGUACAGCUGGUGUGACGAAGAUUCGUCCGACCUUGAACUUGAGAUCUCAGAAGACGAGGACGGCGAUGAUAAUUCCAUCUCUCUUAGCCUAGAAGGGACAUACGAUGACUUCAACCUCUCUGAUGGCUUUUCUUCGGAUGAAGACGCAUAUGACAUUGAUGAGGAUGAAGAUACGGCAUCAAUAGGUGACACGGCUGGCAUUGAUCCGGGAGACGAGCCUCCAUUGUUCGUAACCCAGCCGGCGAUCGAUGACGUCCAUGAGGAUUUCUUCCCAUGUCCCGAAGAUCGUGAUGAUGAGCAUCUAGCCUCUCACUCUCUUGGCUUUAUUCAUGCGUCUUCUGGUGUCAGGCGCUGGACAAGGAAAGGGAUCAAACAUGAAAUUGACUGGGCGUUGAUUAAGAUCAACGAUGAUCGAACCGAUCCACGUAACAUAGUGUUCAAUCCACGUCCCAGACAACAUACUGAGACUAUAUAUUUGAACGAUAUUGCACGUCUAGAAGAUCUUGGUGGCUUGAAAGUGCACUGUCGCGGUCGAACCAGUGGCUUGGAAACCGGGCAGAUAUCUCGAGCGAUGACAAUUGUCAAACUCCGCGGCCGGCAAACUUUUUCGACGAGUUUCUGUGUAGACGGGAACUUCGGUGUCCCCGGCGAUUCAGGAGCAUGGGUCUUCGAAAAGUCAACCGGUCGAGUAUGCGGCCACGUCCUUGCGUGGUCCGCGAAAAGCCACACGGCAUACAUCGCCCCAAUGGAAGUCAUGUUAGAGGACAUCGCCCGCACCCUAGACGCGACAUACGUCAGUCUACCAGGCUAUCCACAUGAGUCUCUGGCGUACCCGACGCCCGGUUCUUCGCACUUUGAACCUCAAAACCCAAGAUAUCGUGCUCCGCCCCCACUACCAGAGCAGCUUCCAGUUGACAUCGGACGCCUGCGUCUGGAUGACCCUAGCAUGGGCCCGGUGCACCCCAGCCGAGCUCGACAAGUCUCCACCCCUUAUCGAGGAAUGCCUCCGAUCUUGACACCCCCCCGCAGCUUGGAAAGGCAGCUAGCAUAGGCUUUAUUCCUUCUUUUUGCUACCAUUUCAAUAUCCUCCUAUUAUCUAUACCCAUUUCUCUCCCUUAUUGUUUUCGUUUCCUAUUUGGGCUUCUUAUACGUCGUCAUUCAUGACACUUGGGUUCUGGGCAGGCAUUCUGAUGUCUCUUCUUCACCUCUUUUUUUAUGGUUAUGAUUCUACAUGAGUGGAUGGGAAAGAAAUAAAUACCCCUUUGCGCAUUUGUUAAAUAGCUUUUAAUCUUACUCCCCGAAUGAUGGGCGAAAUACUUUAUUUUUCUUUAUGACAGUCACAACUUUUCCUGAGUUUGCCUCCUUGGCAGAACAACGAUCAUUUGUGCUCUAUAGGUGGCAAUAGAGAAGCAUAACUGAACAAUCAUUCAACAAACCUCCUUACGUCCUAUGCCUGUUU